AUGGAAAAGAUCAGAGAGAAGUUGAACAAUUUGAAGUUGGAGGCCGAAUCGUGGCAGGAAAAGUACGAGGAAUUGAAGGAGCAGUUCAAGACGUUGGAGCAGGACAAUGUGGAGAAGGAGAACCAGAUCAAGUCGUUGACGACCAAGAACCAGCACCUGGAAGAAGAGGUGGAGAAGAUGGAGACGGACCUGGGUGAGGCCAAAGAGAUGGCGGGCGAGUCGCACAACCUGAGAUCCAACAACGAGAACUACACGAAGAAGAACCAGCAGUUGGAGGACGAGUUGGAGGAGAGCGACGCCAAGCUGAAGGAGACGACGGAGAAGCUGAGAGAGACCGACUUGAAAGCAGAGCAGUUGGAGAGAAAGGUGGCCGCUUUGGAAGAAGAAAGAGACGAGUGGGAGAGGAAACACGAGGAGCUGACAUCCAAGUACGACGAGGCCAAGAAGGAGUUGGACGAGAUCGCUGCCUCCUUGGAAAAUUUAUAA